UUUUGGGAUUUGUUCAGUCUGAAGUUCCUUUAAACGCCAUAUUUCGCAUCCACAUGCACGCACAACAGUCUCUUGGUUCUGCUCUUUCAGUCAGCAUGAGUUUUUCGUUGGUGAUUCUGCUCUUUGUGGGACUUCUGCAUCAGACUACGAGGGCCGUCCUUAUGGAUAAACUAGCAGACAACAAGAUAUGUGGAGAUGCAGAAUGCUCAUAUGUUCUCUCCAUGGCCACAGCCUUAGAUGACUUCACAGCUCCUGACUGCAGAUUCAUCAACAUCAAGAAGGGUCAGAUGGUCUAUGUGUAUUCUAAACUCAUACCAGAGGAGGGCGCCGGAGUCUUCUGGUCUGGCAGUGUUUACAGUGAGCGGUAUGUGCACCAGAUGGGCAUUAUUGGAUACUUUCCUGCAACUAUGGUGAAGGAGACACAGAAGUUUACAGAAGACGAAGUUAAGAUUCCCACAACAAACAUGGACUUCUACUGUGAAUAAGACCUGACAGACUGAAGCCUCUUUUUUCUCAAGAAUUGCUUUUAGUUACACUGGCUUUUUAUGAAGGAGAGUAUUCUCCUUCAUGUCCUAGAACAUCAAGUGGUGUCGUCUCCAACUGGGAAGAAAACCUGGACACUCUUAGCCCUUUGUAGACUCACAGUCUGACUGUCUUGCUUUGUCUAAACAAGACACUUAAUAU